AUGUCUUUACCCUCUUCACAUAUAAAAUCACAUUCAUUUGUCAAAAACCCAAUUAACCAAACAACCCGACAUAGAAUCCUCUGUUCUCAGCCGCCAUUGAUGGACCUUGAGCAACUUCUAAAUCUCUUCAAUUCCGUCUGGUUUGAGCGUGAAAUCUUCAACAACCACCCCUUUUCAUCUAACCCCCAAAACCCACAACCAGAAAAUCCCUUAAAAAACCCGCCGCCGCCGGAGGAGGAGGAGGAGGAGCCUUUCGUCCGACAGAUUCGAACGAGGUCAAUAAGCGAAUACUUAGCCUCCAAAUUGAGCUUUAUGUCCAAUUCCAACUCACCCAAUUCAGUUCUGUUUUCGCCAAAGCUUCAAACGAUGGCCGGAAACGAGUCGCCGGAGAACAGCCAGAGAGGAAAUGAACGGCGGCCGGAAACAGAGUUGAGAAUGAAGUGGUCGGAAAGUAAGAGCUUGUCGGAGCUGGAAUUCGAGGAGCUAAAAGGGUUUAUGGAUAUGGGAUUUGUUUUCACGGAGGAGGAUAAAGAUUCUAGCUUGGCGUGGAUUGUUCCGGCAUUGAACAGAGGCCGGAAGGAAGGAGAAGAAGAGAUGGGUGGGGAAAUUUUGAGGCCUUAUCUUUCGGAAGCUUGGGAAGCUAUGGAGUUGAGGAUGCCAUUGAUGAAGAAAUGGAGGUUUCCUGGUAAUGAGACUGAUAUGAAGGAUAAUCUCAAAUGGUGGGCUCAUGCAGUGGCUUCUACUGUUAGAUGA